CUAUCCUUGGUCCUGCUGCCUAUGGUCUUUGCGCAAUCUUCUUCGUUUGUCGACAUCGGGCCCGCAGCCACUCUUGUUCCUGUCACGUCUGCCGCUGGAGCACCUCUCCAAAAGGGAGAAACUCUUCAAUUAACUGACUCAGUCAUCGGAAACAUCGCAACUCAUACGGAUAUAGCCCAAUUUGCGGCCUACUUCGCAUUUGACGAGAACAAUGAAACGCUCACACGUAGUACUACACUCGCAUCGUGCAAGACCUUCCCUGGGGAUUCUACCUGGCCGAAAGACUACGUUUGGGAUCUUCUUAACGUGUUCCUUGGAGGCGCCCUGAUUCCGACGGUCCCUAUAGCGGCUUCAUGCUACGAUACGCAAUGGGGCGCCAAGGAUGCCACAGAGUGUUCGGCUGUAAUCAACAACUUCACCAAUCCCCUAUUUCAUCACAGCGAUCCGACAUCCGGGAUGUGGCCUAUAUUUCAGGGCCGAACCUGCAUGCCUAUAGUCAACGCCACUGGCAAACACUGCAAAAUUGGCGGCUAUCCAGAAUAUGCUGUCAAGGUGACCAAUGUAGCACAGAUCCAGCUCGCUAUCAAUUUUGCUCGGACCACUGACAUUCGCCUUGUCAUCAAGAAUACUGGGCAUUGUUACUUAGGCAAAUCUUCUGGGGCAGGUGCGCUGAGCUUGUGGACGCACAAUAUGAAAGAUAUUGAUUUUUUGCCGAACUACGAAGGACCCGGCUACUCAGGACCAGCAUUGAAACUUGCUGCCGGCGUGACUGUUAGGGAAGUAUAUGAGGCUGCGGACAAAAACAAUGUCACUGUUCUCGGUGCUGUGUCAUGGAGUGUAGGAUAUGCUGGUGGCAUGAUUACUGGUGGAGGUCAAAACCCUCUUGCCGGCCUCUACGGCAUGUCGGCCGAUCAUGUUGUCGCGUUCCAAGUUGUAACCGCAUCUGGCCACUUCAUCACCGUCUCCGAAGCAUCGAACCCCGACCUUUUCUGGGCACUUUGUGGUGGAGGAGGCGGAACGUUUGCCGUAGUCACAUCUGUCAUCAUUCGAGCACAUCCCAAGCUUGACGUCGUCACAGCAAACUGGGUCCUCGAUGCUACAACGAACGAUCUCAGCAGCUUCUGGGCUGGAACGAAGAAGUUCUUCGACGUCUUCCUGGAGUGGGCCGAUGCCGGCAUCUAUUCCUUCUUCAUUAUGGGCAAUGCUCCCGCUCCGUUUCUCAACAUGAUGUUUCUCUUCGCGCCGAACCAUACUGAGGGGUCGUACAACAAAGUGGUUCAGCCAUUUUUUGACUACCUCAAGAUGAACAACAUUACGCUGACCUCACCACACAAGAACACCGCUCAUACUUCCUUUUAUUCCGCAUAUCAGUCGACGUGGGGAGCAAAUUCCUUCCCUAUCGGCCUCGACAACUCGCUGCCCGCAAAUCGCAUCGUACCACGUGUUAAUUUCCAGGAGAAGUUCAAUGAGACAUUUUCGCUUAUCAAGAAGCACGUUUCAUCCGGCAAGCACUUCCUUGGUUAUCACAAAGCGCCUGUGAAGUAUGCGAACACCAACAAUGCUGUCAGUCCCGCGUGGCGUGAAUGCGCGAUGUUCUUUGUGACCUCUUCAAACAAGUCCCUCGAUCAUUCGACGCCUGAGGCCCUUGCCAUAGCGAACAACGACUUGCAGCAGAACAUCCUCCAGCCAUGGCGCGAUAUUACUCCAGUUUCUGAAGGUGGCGGCACAUAUCUGAACGAGGCAGCUGUCAUGGAGCCUGAUUGGCAGGAGUCAUUUUACGGAGGAUACUACCCGAAAUUAAGCGAGAUCAAGAAGAAGUGGGAUCCAAGAGACGUUUUCUAUGCGACUACUGCUGUAGGCAGUGAAAGAUGGGUGGUUCAGGAUGGGGAGCAAGGCGUACAGACACAAAACGGGAAACUUUGCAGGGCUGCGAGAUGAUGCAUGCCGUUUCGACCACCUUACAAUAAAUCUCAACGAAGAAUAUGUACAGGAGUGAUUGUGGCGAGUUCAGUGGGUAGAU